CAGAGCGCCGGGCUCCUCGCUGCGGUGUGAGAUCCGAGCCGGACGUAGCCGAGCAUCGUAACGCCGAGCCGAGCCUAAACUAGAUAAACUGAUAAAGCUGAGUUGAGCCGUGCCGAUUCGAACCCAGCAGGGACAAGUCGAGCCAAAUAGAGGCGAUCCAGCUGAACCUCAGUGCACCCCUCCGGGUGGAACCGAGCAGAGCCAUGCUGCUAGGCGUGCUAGGUCGCCUGCCGCUGGCUCUGGCGCGGGCGGUUCUGGCAGCGCUACGCGGGCGGCUGAGCGCGCUGUGCUGGGAGCUGACGCCCCUCGUUCUGCCCCUGUUCUCCUGGAGGCGGCGGUCGGGCUGCAGCCCCGACACCCCCGCAGCACUCCGGGAGGACAAGGACGAGACGGUCCCGACGCCCACCAGCGUCAAUUACCACUUCACCAGGCAGUGCAACUACAAGUGCGGUUUCUGCUUCCAUACGGCCAAGACCUCCUUCGUGCUGCCCCUGGAGGAAGCCAAGCGGGGACUGGCAAUGCUCAAGGAGGCGGGAAUGGAGAAAAUAAAUUUCUCAGGAGGAGAACCAUUUCUUCAGGACAGAGGUGAAUUUGUAGGCCAGCUGGUCCAGUUCUGCAAGAAGGAGCUGAAGCUGCCAAGUGUCAGCAUUGUGAGCAAUGGUAGCCUGAUCAGAGAACGAUGGUUCAAGAAGUACGGUGAAUACUUAGACAUUCUGGCAAUUUCAUGUGAUAGUUUUAACGAGGAAGUCAACGUUUUGAUUGGCCGUGGUCAAGGAAAGAAGAACCACGUGGAAAAUCUGCAUAAACUGAGGCAGUGGUGCCGAGAUUAUGCUGUUGCUUUCAAAAUAAACUCCGUGAUCAACAGAUUUAAUGUUGAGGAAGAUAUGAAUGAGCAGAUCAAAGCACUCAACCCUGUGCGCUGGAAGGUGUUCCAGUGCCUAAUCAUUGAAGGGGAAAACAGUGGGGAAGAUGCUCUGAGAGAAGCAGAUAAAUUUGUUAUCAGCGAUGAAGACUUUGAGCAAUUCCUGGAACGCCACAAAGAUGUCCCCUGUUUGGUACCUGAAUCUAAUCAGAAGAUGAGAGAUUCAUACCUCAUUUUGGAUGAAUACAUGCGUUUUCUAAACUGUAGAAAUGGACGGAAAGAGCCUUCCAAGUCUAUCCUGGACAUUGGUGUAGAAGCGGCAAUAAAAUUCAGUGGAUUUGAUGAAAAGAUGUUCCUAAAACGAGGAGGAAAGUAUGUGUGGAGUAAAGCAGACAUGAUUCUGGACUGGUAACUCUGUGCACUGAGUUGUGAUGUGCAUUUUCUAAAGAAAAUUGUGUAUACGUGUGUACAUUUAUAUAGCUGUAUAUCUAUAUAUAUAGAAUGCUGUUAACUACAAUAUGGUAUACUAUACAGGUUGAUGUAUAACUCGAUACAUGAGUGAUUCUAUGAUUUUAUGAUUCUAUGAAUGUGUUAAAUGUUUUUAGGAUGCAGAUUUUGUUCUUACUUAUUCAUUGGUUGAAUGUUACUGAGCAGCUACAGAGCUUUCAUAGAAAUAUGAAGGACUUAACGGCAAACCAUUAGGAUGCUGUUACACAGUAUCUUACACAGUAUUAAGAUAAUAGAUAAGUGUGGUUGCAGGAAACAAACAAACAAACCCAUUAUAUAGAGUUGCGGUGGUUGAUAAGUGCAAACUCAUGAGGAAAUAUUCUUACGGAAAGGUUUUUGCAGUUCCUUACCAGCUCACAAGAGGGCCCACAGGCAACCUUUUGGAAAUAGCCCACAUCUUUCUCAGGCAUAAUAGAGGGUCAGAAUGUUGUUAUCAUUCUAUAUACUCAACAGGAGAUUGGGAUUUUUUUUAAAGUAACAAUUUUCAUUUUUAAAAUGUUAAAGGCAUCUGUUGUUUUUCUCCUUCCUCUCCACAUAUACGCGGCAUUUGCAAAAAUAUUGGGAGAUGUAAUUUUCUCUGAAAAUAUUGUUUUUAGUCAUGUGAGAAUAUUGUUUUUUUUCCUAAAACACAAAAAGGAAUUUUAUCCAAUAACAAACAACUUCUUGAUUUACAUUGGCAAUGACCUCAGUUCUGAGAAAAAUUUACAGUGGAAAAAAUGUUUGCAUUUUAUUCAUAACUUUGUUCAUUCUCCUCUUAUUUGCAAAAGUUGAUUUAUUAUUUUUAACAGCCACUUGCACACAGAUUUGUUGGAGAUCCUUUCUGAAAUGAGUGAAUAAUAUAUAAGGCACUUCACACGUGUCUUCUCUUGAAUACAGGCAGUGCUUCUUCCCAUGCUUUUUGUUCUGCUAAGGCAUGGAUGUGCAAACAACAAGGCUCAUAUAUCAUGUACCCUUCUUUUAAAGGUUGCUGGCUCUUACCUGCUGGUUGCUAACUGGCAGAUACUGAGUGAAACUCAUGGAGUUUUGUGAAGGCUGUCUGUGAUUUGAAAAGCUGGCAGCAUCAAUAUAUAAUAGAAAAUAGACAAACGAAAACAUCCUGUGAUAAUUAAAUGUGCUGCCUGUUUGCUUGGUUUUCUGAUAAAUUUACAGUGUUCUAAUUACAGUUUUUCAAAGCUAAUGGUCCCAUCCUCCCCAGAGCUCUAUAUGGGGACCUGGGGGUAACCUUUGCACAAACAGCAGUGAGCAGGCACUGCUUGUUCUCCCUUCCCAUUGCACUUUCUGCCCAGGCUGCCUCAAAUGUCUGAAUACUUUCAAACACUGGAAGCCAGCAUGCAUUAAACAUAUUUACAGUACACCUUCUUUCCCUUUUCUGAUUGUACUCGUAUUUUUAAAGACAUUUUAAAGAGAAAUGUCUUGCAUUUACCCAAUGCACCUUCAGAACUGAAGGAGCUGGUUCUUCUAAAGAACAAAAAGGUACACCUCUGAAAACUGUGAAAAUGUUUCAGUUUACAGUUCUUUCCAUUUCUGUUUUUACUGUCCUAACUGCAUAUGCACCGUCUCAAUGGUGCUCUUUUGUCUUUUUGCAUCUUGCCCUCACUUCCGACGCACUUCUGUAUUUUUUUUCUCGUUAUUAAUACUCGGUGACAUUUUAAAUGUGGCCCACAUGCAUUAACCCCACAGUCUUUUGGCAGCUGUUCCGCUGACCUCUGCUUGAGUUUUGCCCGAGUGCCAACUACGGGCAGCUCAAAUCCAUGUGACUGCAGUGCUUGACUUCUUCUGUGCUCCCAUUGCUCAGGCGUGAAGUCUGGCUUCUUCCUCAGCACCGACGCUGCAUGAUAGAAAAGGAGCAUUUUCCUUUGCUGCUGGCUCAGCCCCAGCCCGAGGAAAGAUUUAGUGCAUCCCUGUGCCACUAAAUCCACCCGCUUGCCGCUGCUGCAGAAAACGCCAGCUGUAUCGCGGCGCGCAGAUGUGUGGUGCACAAAACCCCAUUCAGAGCCAGAAAUCCUGCCAUGCUUCCCUGAGUGUUCUGCUCUGUAAAUGGCCAUUGUUGUGCUCCAAGAGAUCGCUGAGCUGCAGGAGGAAGCUGCAAGAUAAACAAAAGGAGCUGAGAAUGUGAAAGCGCUGUGAAUAGUUUGAACACUAAGGCAUGGAGGAUGGUUUUAAUCACAAGGUUCUAAGUUAUUUCUUAAAAUGCUCAGGAUUCUGUGUUGCUUCUUGCAAUACAUAACUGGGAAAAUGGUUCUGCUCUGUGUGACUCUCAUACUUAAAAAAAAAAAAAAAAGCCACAUUGUUGUGUUCUCCAUUGAAAAAUGAAGAAUUUGCGUAACAUGGUUUGACAGACAAACUUGAAAUUUAAUAAAUAGCUAUUGGGAUGUUUAUACGCAAAAUUCAUUUUUGGUAUGAAAUUUAAAAAAAAAAA